CCACAACUAGGUCCAAACAAACCAAAAAUGACCUGCACCCAAAUAGUCUUCCUUCACGCCGCCCUGUGUGAGACCCUCCGGCUGUACCCGCCGGUGCCCCUGAACCACAAAGUCCCGGCGGAGAUGGACCGGCUCCCAAGCGGGCACCGGGUGAGGCCGGGCACCAGCGUCAUACUGUGGUUCUACGCGAUGGGGCGGCGGGAGGAGGUAUGGGGAGACGACUGCAUGGAGUUCAAGACGGAGAGGUGGGUGGUGGGGGAAGGCGGUGGCGGCCGGGCGGUGAAGCACGUGCCGUCGUACAAGUUUCCGGCAUUCAACGCCGGACCCAGAACGUGUGUCGGAAAAGACAUGUCCUGGGUUGUGAUGAAGAUGGUGGCGGCCACCGUGAUCCACCGCUACUGCUUUGAACUUGAGGAGGAUCAUCCCGUUAUCCCCAAGGACUGCAUUCUUCUUAAAGCCAAACAUGGCUUGAAGGUUAAACUCUCAUUUAUUCCUCACAACAAUUAAAGAGUCCAUCCCCCAAGAAUGAUAUGGAAUACUAUACUCUAUUUGUUUUGAUUUUUUUGAAUUAAGCUGUAUAAACUUUAAACUCAAAAUUUGUCAUGUUUAAUUCCAAAAGAUCAAAAUACACAAAUAUAGGGGAGUAUAUACUAAGGAAAAAGCUACUCCGUACUUGUUUGCAUUGCUAGUAAAUGAGUGAUUGCUUU